AUGCCAGACGAGCAAUCCCGGGGUACCAUUGGUGGAUCACGUUCGAAUGUCAGAGCAACCAUGGGCUCAUCUUCUCGGCCCUCUGCGCCUGGUGCCGCGAGCAUACUGAUGGGAACGGACAAGAUUGGGAGCAAAGAAUUCUGGAGGGCUGUGAGUUCGGAAUUCAUGGCCACACUCCUAUUCGUGUUUAUUAGUUUGGGCUCCACCACGGAUUGGCAUAGCGCUAUUACUGGAACUACUACUGCAACACCUGACCACAGAGUUGUCAUUUCACUGUGCUUCGGCCUCACAAUUGCAACCAUGGUGCAAUGCUUUGGCCACAUUAGCGGCGGACACAUCAACCCAGCUGUCACGGCGGCAAUGCUCGUGACCAAGAAAGUGAGCGUAGUAAAAGGGUUGCUUUACAUUGUGGCCCAAAUGGUGGGUGCUAUCGCAGGUUCUGGGUUCAUGUACCUCGUGACACCCACUGGUCGUAGGGGAGCGUUGGGCGUCUGCAAGGUGCAAGGGGACCUCACCGUUGGACACGGCCUACUUGUGGAACUGCUCUUGACGUUGCAGCUGGUUUUCACUAUUUUUGCCACGUGUGACUCCAAACGCACUGACCUCUCUGGAUCCGCUUCCUUGGCCAUUGGUCUGUCUGUAACUAUUGGUCAUUUAUUUGGGAUUCCUUACACAGGAGCCAGCAUGAACCCUGCUCGUUCCUUUGGCCCUGCAGUGGUCACGGGCAAUUUCGACCAACACUGGGUGUACUGGGUCGGACCUGUCCUGGGUGCCGUUGUUGCUGGACUGCUGUAUGAAUUCCUGUUCUGCCCGGACGGCAAACCAGGUUCAGGGCAGGUGAUUCCCAAGGACCAAAUGGGGGCAUACAGAGACAUGGAGUUGGCCAGGAGGAAGAAAAGGACAGAGAGAAAAGACGCAAGAGAAGUGCUGUCCACUGUAUGA